UUUAAGCUUACCGGCAUGUAGAGGAACCAGUUUGUUUAGGACGGCUUGUACUGACAGAGGCCAGGAGCUUUUGAGGGAAACAGUAUGACGAGCUCAACUCUGUGGGUGCUCUUGAUUUGCACAGUCCUCUCUGGGCAAGAGGUAAAGGCUCAGGACUGUGGGGUUGCACCGCUGAACACAAGGAUAGUCGGUGGUGAAGGCGCCACUGCUGGGGCUUGGCCCUGGCAGGUCAGCUUACACUUCAGGUUUAGUCACAUCUGUGGAGGGACCCUCAUCAACAACCAGUGGGUUCUCACAGCAGCCCACUGCAUUGUAACACAAAAUGUGGGGAGUUGGACGGUGUACCUCGGAAGAGAGACUCAGCUCGGUUCUAAUAGUAACGAGGUUGCAAGGAGUGUGUCCCAGAUCAUCGUCCAUCCAAACUACAACAACACAUUGUAUAACAAUGACAUCGCCUUGAUGAAGCUUAGCACCCUGGUCACUUUCAACAACUUCAUCCAACCCGUCUGCCUCGCCAGUAACACCAGUCAGUUCUUCAACGCCACUUCAUGCUGGAUUACUGGCUGGGGAAAACUAGCAAGCAAUGAGUCCUUGCCAGCAUCUGAGAAACUACAAGAGGUUCAGGUUCCUGUCAUUGGAAACAAUCAGUGCGCCUGCAGUUAUAUACCAACAGAUGCAAAUAUCACAGGCAGAAUGAUUUGUGCUGGGCAAGAGAAUAAAGGAGCAUGUCAGGGAGACUCCGGCGGGCCUCUGCAAUGCAAACAGAAUUCCAGGUGGAUCCAGGCUGGUAUCACAAGUUUCGGGAUACCCUGUGCUACUGCCUCGUUUCCUGAAGUCUACGCUCGGGUCUCUGAGUUUCAGUCGUGGAUCACAGAUCAGAUCAGUGGGACCACAGCUGACUUUGUGACCUUCACCUCUAAUGGCACUGAUGCAGAUAGCAACUUUACGUGUUCUACCUCUGCCACCGGAGACUCAAGCAAACUACUUGCAGAGCUCUCUUCUUUGAUCCUUGCAACAGGGAUACAUUUAUAUCUUACUCACUAGAAACCUAUUUCUGAAAUUUUUGCUGUUUUUUUUUUUUUUAAUCAGGUAGCAAAAUAAUUAUAUUGGACCAUAAUUAAUGUUGGUCAUAGGUGAAUUUAAGAAUGAUUUUUACUGUUUAAUGGUCUUGGAAGAAACCAACCAUUGCAGGCGGGUAACAUGAAGGUUAUUGAAAAUGUUUAACAAAAUUUUGAAAAUGUUGAGGCUCAUGGAAAAGCUUCUGAAACAAAUAGGUGGCACAUGAUCAUAGAAAACUCAGAGGAUUUGAAAGGAUGAUCUGACUAAGUAUGACUUACAUCAGGGAUGGGUAGAGGUGACUAAGGGUUGACAGCUGUGGACAAUGACUAAAUAGAGUAAACACAAAAACACACAAUAAAGGGAAAUGGAACAUGACCAAACCAAAAUUAUCUGGAAAUUACAAAACAUAACAGCCCAGCUAAUUGAACUGACACAGAAUUGU